CUAAGCAAAUUUAUAGAAAAAAAAUUAAACGAAAAUUACCAAAAGGUGAACGCUAACUGUUUUCGAACAGCAGCUUGCCAAAAACAACCGUUAACCGUUAAUUUGAAAAACGUGUUAACCUUUUGAAGGAUUUUCCGUAAACCCUGCAGAUGAUUCUCAAAAUACAUCAGCAACACAGUGCAGACGUUUCCAUUGAAGUGUUGAUUCUGACAGUUAGCAGCUGAAACCGUUAAAUAAUACAUUUUGUGCCAAACAAAAAAAUAAAAAUUAAAAAAUAAACAUAACCUUAAAAGAAUUUAAAUAAGCGAAAAGUCAAAGAAACUGCGUCCAACCGCCUGUGAGUGUGAUUCUGUGUUGUGUGUGUCACAAACAAUUUUUAUUUUCUCAUCUACAUUGCUGUACCAUAUCGCCAACGCUAAGUCGUUGCUGCUGUUGAUUUUUAAUUUCACGGGUAUUUCUGAUUAUCAAAAGCCGGCGUUCAACGCAUAAAAAAUAUCCAAAAUUCCGAAGAAUCCGAGAAAAACACCAAAACAGUCGACACGUACAGCGUCGUCAACCGGUACCGGUGGCAGCGGUGGUGGUGGCACCACUAAAAUGGCAUCGAAACGAAAAGCAUCGGUGCUGCUGCAUAAGGAAACCAUCCCAGUUGCAGCAACCACAACUACCACAGACAGCGCAACUGGUAAUGGUGGCAGUGCUGUUAGUGGCGGUGUUGUGGGCAUUGGCGGCACCGCAGCGGGUUCGGUGGGUGGAAACGUUGGUGGCGGUGAUAAUAACACCGAAUCGGACCCCUAUGCUGGUUUAAUGAAAGACGCAGACAAAUUGAAACUGAUGUUGUUAGCCUGGAAUUACCAAAAUUCGAAUGCCGUACGCAAUGGCACUGAGGGACCCGAUUUGGGUGUAGUCGGUGGCUUGUGGGCACAAUACCAAAAUGCUUUGGCACAAAGUGCGGCAAAUAACAAAAUGGAUAUAUCGUUGUCGCCAGUGCCGCGUACGGAUGCCACAUCGCCGAUGGAGGCGCAGGAUGAGACAAAUUCUUCGGGGCAAAAGGAGGAGGAUGAGGGUUCGGAGGAUGAUUCGGAUGAUAAACUGGAUGAAAAAUUGGCAACACAUGAUCCCGAACGACUGAAGGCGUUCAAUAUGUUUGUGCGUUUGUUCGUUGAUGAAAAUCUUGAUCGGAUUGUGCCCAUUUCAAAGCAGCCAAAAGAGAAAAUUCAAGCAAUCAUUGAUUCGUGUGCACGACAGUUUCCUGAAUUUAGUGACCGCUCUCGAAAACGCAUACGCACGUAUCUGAAGUCAUGCCGGCGGAAUAAGAAAACACGCGAAGGCUGGGAUAAUACGACCCGUCCAACACCCGCUCACUUGACAUCCGUGCAGGCGGAGCAGAUACUGUCGAUUGCUUGCGAAAACGAGUCAUUGAAUUGCAAACGUUUACGUGUUGGUAUGGAGCCCUAUACGCAUGCCAUACCGGCGCCGGGUUCAGCUGUCGCCGCCGCAGCAGCAGCAGCGGCAGCAGCAGCCGCGGCCGCUGUGGCCGCCACCAGUUCAACAGCUUCGAUAGGCGGUAUAGGCAAUUCAACUAUUACUUCGGUUUCGGCUGGCGAUGCUCUAUCUACCGUCACAACGUCUACACUGCCGUUUGUUGGCGCUGGCGGUGGCGGUUUUGCACGUUCCACACCAAAUUCAGAUGGCGGCGAGCCGCUAUCAUUGACACCAGCCGCUGCAGUAGCUGCUGCUGCGGCUGCAGCUGUGGCUGCAUCGACGGCCUGUGUGGGUGGUGGUAGCGGAGGUAUUAAUUCAGCGCGCAGCUCGCCGCUAGCAUUGAGUUCGAAUACGAGUGUGAGUGGCAGUACCAGCGGUUUGGAUAUAAAACCACUAACAGCUGCUCUGUCGAACGGUAAUACACCAACCAAUGGUACAGUUAGCGGGCUGGCAGGCUUACCUGCAACAAGUCCACUUUAUCGACCAUCGGAUUUCACUUCACCGUCAGCGGCAUCACCAUUUGUAGCUGCUGCUGCUGCGGCAGUAGCUGCUGGUCGCACACCCACCUAUCCCGGCUAUUUUCCAGGCGUAGCAGGAUUAGGUAAUGUUGUACCCACAGAUCUCUCUAUGAAACCAUCGUCCACUAGCACAUGUGCCACACUCACUACUGUUCCCACCACCGUCAACACAAACAAUAAUAUCGGCGUAAUGGGUGUGGGCGCACCGAAUCUCACCAGUCUUGUCGCUGCCGGCGGACUCUCUAUUAAUAAUAAUAAUGCGCUCGUCACCGCCACACAACAGCUACAGCAACUGCAACAACAACAGCAACAGCAACAGCAGCAGCAACAACAACAGCAGCAACAGCAACAUCAGCAGCAGCAGCAACAACAACAACAGCAAGCCAUUAUGGCAACAGGACUAAAUACCAAUCAACUCGGCGGUGGAGGCUCAUUGAGUGAUCCGAAUAUGGUUGCUGCUGCAGCAGUGCGCCCACCGCCACUUUUGACGCACAAACUGAAUGCCAACGAAAUAACAGCAGCACGUCAAGUGAUCUCGGCGUAUCGGGAAAGCGCAGCUUUUCUUUUACGCACUGCCGAUCAAGUUGAGCAGCUGCUGGUGCAACAACAAUAGAUGGUUGAAGUGUUGUGCGAUGGUGAAUUUUUUGAUGUGUUGAAAAUUUUUAGUGCGUAAAGUAAAGUUUAUUGGAGUUUCAGUUGAGUAAUAGAAGAGAAAAAAAAGAAAACAUAUUUUAUUUAAAUACAAUUUAGUUAGAGUAGUCAAAAUUGCUUUUGGUGAUUUUGUUCAGUGUAUAGGAAUCUUUUAUUCAUUUGUAUAAUAACGUAGCCGAGCAAUGCAUUUUAUUUUUUCAUUUUUAAAACACAUUAAUCAUAUACAAGCGGCAACAAUUUCUAUAGCAAACGUAAACUCACCAUAGAUCAAAUUAAGAGUAUGUGGGUUGUUCCUAUUUUACUAAAGAAAAGUCACUUAAAAAAAUAGACGUAAAUAGAAACACACAAAAAGAAAUAGUCAAGUCAUAUAACUAAAAUGCAUAAAGUAUAAAAAUAAAUAAUAGACAAAGCCAAAUGUUUGAAAGUAAAAAUAUGUAAUAAAUAGAUGUUCUAUAUAUUUGCAUUAAUUUUCUUGAACUACAAUAGCAGCCAAAAAUAGUAUAAACUGGAUAUGUGUAAGUAAAUGAGAAUAAUUUCAAGAAGUACGAGCCUUCGUAAUAAUAUGACGACAGCGACACUUAGCGGCGCAGUUUGUCAAAGUUAAUUCCUGUGAACCCAAUGGGUUCGGAUGUACUAUUGUUCCCUAUAAAUAUAUCAGAAAAAAGCGCUUUCAAUUCUAUAUUUGUUUUACUUAAAUAUGCUAUUUAAUUAAUAAA